GCGGAAGCUGCUUGGAGCCUUGACUUGACUUCCAUCUUCCAUCUUCCAUCUUCCAUUCCUCAACAACGUCAAACAACCCGCCACGAUUUCAAGCGACUCGCAAACGUUAUUUUCUUGCGAUACCCAAAUCAACAUCCAGCGAUCAAGGAACCUUCACAAUCGCACAAGCUUAAUCCUCCCCAAACAAACAAUCAAUACGUAAUCAACACCGCCGCCUAGCUUCAUCAACCGCAAACCGUCAAGAUGUCCCUCCGCAUCGUCCCCGCCGACUCCCACUCCUCAACCUUCACCCACCUCCGCUCCAUCGCCGCCCCUUCGGCUCCAGGUCUGCACGACACCCUCCGCUCAGGCCUCGCUCCCCACCCUCUCGACUCCGUCAAAUCCUCUUCUUCUUCUUCUUCUGGUGCAACCGCCACCGCCUCGGCAGUCCCCAUCUCCUCGCACCCGCUCGAAUCGCGCCUCAAGCAAUGGGAAGCCACGCGCGAGACCUUGCGCAUGGAGACUCUGCGCCGCACGUUCGGCAUGGCCGAGCCUAUUCGACGCCAAAUGGAGCUCAAGAUUGUGCGAGACGGCGAGUGGAAGCCCUUGGCGUUGGGCGGGGGUGUGGGCAUGAUGGGCGGCAUGGGCAAUGUGCAUGAGGAGAUCCUGAUGGGACGGGAUGGAGAUAUCACGUGGGAGGAUGUGUACACGGGAGAGGAGAGUAGGGCCGAGGUGAGCGUGCAUGAGGAGAUGGAGAGGAAGUUGAGGAUUUCGGCUUAAGGCUUUGAUUUUGAUAUACGGGGUGGUUGGUGUCUGAUGGGAUAUAAUGGACGUGUGAUGGCAAGUUGGGGAAUGAGUUGAAGAUUCAAUACAGCUUGCCCAAGAGAUACUUUGGAAUCGGCAAUACGGCUAUUAGACAUGAACCACCUCAUUGGUGCUCGCACACAGUCACGCUGUUCGGGAGCACAUACAUCGGAUGUCGAGCCUAUGGCAUCGCACUUCUGGAAGCUGGGGUUCGGGACCAUCUGUCACAUCCUUCUUCACCAAGCUACACAGCAGUCAUGGACAAUGGAGCGAACGUCAAAGAUAUUCUCAUCAUUCAAUAUUUCCCAACGCCCAGUAAACUCGUAAUAUGUACAUGACCAUACUCAUCUCUCCGAGGUCGGUCAUCGUAUCCAUACGCUCUGCCCGAGAGCUCCAAUCCCUC